AUGUCCGAUCUCGCUAACAAGAUUGUCAUCCUCGUCACUGGUGGAUCGGGACUGGUUGGAUCGGCUAUCAGAUGGGUGAUUGACAACGAGCCCCCAAAUUCGCGAUUCGGGAAACACGAUAAUGAGGAAUGGAUAUUUGCGCGUUCUAGUGAGGGUGAUCUGAGGGACCCUGAAGCUGCUAAGAAGCUGUUCGAGAAGUAUAAACCCACUCAUGUUAUUCACCUGGCUGCACUAGGUAACUUGUUUGGUAUCGAUCUAAUUCUCGCUGACAAUUCUGUAGUUGGCGGGCUCUUCAAGAACAUGAAAUAUAAACUGACAUUCCUCCGAGAUAAUACACUCAUCAAUGAUAAUGUCCUUCAAACGUCCCAUGAAACGAAGGUUAAAAAGGUCAUCUCCUGCUUGUCGACGUGCGUUUUCCCCGAUAGGGUUCAGUAUCCCCUCGAUGAGACAAAGAUUCAUCUUGGCCCUCCACAUGAGAGCAAUUUUGGGUACGCGCAUGCGAAGCGGAUGGUGGACGUGACAAACCAGUGGGCGCAUUCCGAUCAGAGCAACGGAGGUGGUCCUGACUUCCUGCUGCACAGUGCCUAUCAUGAAGAAUUCGGCAGUUCCUUUACAUCUGCCAUCCCAACGAAUGUCUUCGGUCCCCACGAUAACUUCGAUCUGGAGGACUCCAUGUCAUACCAGGACUCCUCCACAAAGAACGGCACGCCCUUUACCGUAGCAGGAACUGGGAAACCCCUUCGACAAUUCAUUUACUCGCGAGACCUCGCAAAGCUAUUCAUCUGGCAGUUGAGGGAGUAUGACGAGAUUGAUCCCGUCAUUCUAUCUGUCGGUGAGAACGAGGAGAUCAGCAUCAAGCAGGUCGCAGAUGCUAUAGUCAAAGCCAUCGGCUUUGAAGGCGAUUACAAGUUCGAUACGACUCGAGCAGAUGGGCAGUUCCGCAAACCUGCUUCAAACGCAAAGCUUCUGAGGUUAAUCGCAAUUUCACCUUCACGCCUUUUGAUCAAGGUGAGGGGUUUCCUGUACGGAAACGGGCCCAACUUGACUGCGGUUGGUUUAUCAUCGUAG